GGUCGAGCAGUGACGUCACUCUGACAUGGCGCCCGAGCUGGCGGUGGACCUUUGGUCUCCCGGUUAAGAUGGAGCAAAGUUUAUCCAAACGACGGGGAGUUGACUUCAGAGGCCGCUGAAACAGACAUCUGGAGACAUCUCCCGCGAGCACGAGACGAUUCGAGCCACAGCGAGCGUUUUUAAUGGCCGCACAAUGAAGGCUCAGCUUCAGAUAACAGUUCUGUCCGCUAAGCUGCGGGACAAUAAGAAGAAUUGGUUUGGGCCCAGCCCUUAUGUUGAGGUGUGUGUGGACGGCCAGUCCAAGAAGACGGAGAAAUGCACCAACACUCACAGUCCCAAAUGGAAACAGUCUCUCACUGUGAUCGUCACCCCUUUCAGCAAGUUAAUUUUCCGGGUUUGGAGUCACCAGACACUUAAAUCCGACAUUUUGCUGGGCAUGGCCGCCCUGGAGGUCAGCGAGACCUUAAAAGCCAACGACAUGAAGAUCUGCGAGGUAAUACAGACGCUGCAGCUGAAUUCAGACAGAGAGCGGUCGGAGGCGGUUGGAGAUCUCUCGGUGUGUCUGGAUGGACUGCAGGUGGAUCCCGAGGCUUUCGCUUCCGAGGAACAAAAGCACAACGCUGCUGUGAAUGGAGAAUCAAAAGUGAACGGGGACGUAGCGGGAAGUGUCUUGAGGUUUGUGUCUGUUUGUCGCUGGUCCAGUCGAGAUUCUUCCCCAUCCAGUGAUAUCGCUGAUGAAGCGCCGCUGCCCAACGGUCACGCCGUGGGAAGCACGGGGUCCUCCUCUCCGUCCGCGGGGGCUCUGAGACCACCCCGUCCUCCUCGACCCCAGCGAGCGCCGCCCGCCUCACCCCACAAACCCUCCUCCACAGCGUCCUCUGCUGGCUCGACUCCCACUCACGGCAGCACGGCUCCCAGCCCAGAAACGUCUCCCCGGGUGUGUGUGAACGGAGAAACGGAGAGUCAGGGGUCAAGCUCAGGGUCGGGGUCAAACCAGGCCCCGAGGGCCAGUCCAACGCCGCCCAGAGCUUCUCUGAUCACUAACGGCCCUCUUCCUCCUGGCUGGGAGCAGAGGGUGGAUCAGAACGGCCGUGUUUACUACGUGGACCACAUCGAGAAAAGAACCACAUGGGAAAGACCAGAGCCGCUCCCCCCAGGCUGGGAGCGCCGCUUGGAUCCCAUGGGUCGUGUGUAUUACGUGGAUCAUAUAAACAGAACCACCACAUGGCAGAGACCCACGCUAGAGUCGGUCCGGAACUACGAGGAGUGGCAGAACCAGCGCAGUCAGCUGCAGGGAGCCAUGCAGCGCUUCAACCAGAGGUUCAUCUACGGACUGCAGGAACAGCUCGCUCCCACAGCUAAUAAAGAGUUUGACCCUCUGGGUCCUCUGCCGCCUGGUUGGGAGAAACGGACAGACAGUAAUAGGAGGAUGUAUUUCGUCCAUCAUCCUACGAGAUCCACGCAAUGGGAGGACCCUCGAACCCAAGGGUUGUUGAACGAGAAGCCAUUGCCGGAGGGUUGGGAGAUGAGGUUUACAGUGGAUGGGAUUCCCUACUUUGUCGAUCACAACAGACGGACAACGACAUACAUCGACCCCCGUACAGGGAAAUCCUCGCUUGAGAACGGCCCUCAGAUCACAUAUGUACGAGACUUCAAAGCCAAAGUGCACUAUUUCCGCUUCUGGUGUCAGCAACUAUCAAUGCCUCAGCACAUUAAGAUCCACGUCAGCCGCAAAACGCUGUUUGAGGACUCGUUUCAGCAGAUUAUGGGUUGCCAUUCGCAAGAUCUGAGACGGAGACUCUGGAUUAUUUUCCCAGGGGAGGAGGGGCUUGACUAUGGAGGCGUGGCCAGGGAAUGGUUCUUCCUGCUGUCUCACGAGGUCUUGAACCCCAUGUACUGUCUGUUCGAGUACGCCGGGAAAGACAACUACUGCCUGCAGAUCAACCCCGCCUCCUCUAUCAACCCCGACCACCUCAAAUACUUCAAGUUCAUCGGCCGCUUCAUCGCUAUGGCUCUGUUUCACGGGAAGUUCAUAGACACGGGCUUCUCUCUGCCUUUUUAUAAACGCAUCCUGAACAAGCCCCUGGCUUUGAAAGACCUGGAGUCCAUCGACCCGGAGUUUUACAACUCGCUCAUCUGGAUCAAGGAUAAUAAUAUAGAGGAAUGUGGCUUGGAGAUGUUUUUCUCGGUGGAUAAGGAGAUUUUGGGAGAAGUCACCACACAUGAACUCAAACCUGAUGGAGGAAACAUUCAAGUGACAGAGGAAAAUAAGGAGGAGUACAUCAGGUUGGUUGCUGAGUGGAGGUUGUCCAGAGGCGUUGAGGAACAGACUCAGGCGUUUCUCGAGGGCUUUAACGAGGUCUUGCCGCAGCAGUACCUGCAGUACUUCGACGCCAAAGAGCUAGAGGUGAUGCUGUGCGGGAUGCAGGAGAUCGAUCUGGGCGACUGGCAGAGGAACACCAUCUACAGACACUACGCUCGCAGCAGCAAACAGAUCGUCUGGUUUUGGCAGUUUGUGAAGGAGAUCGACAAUGAGAAGCGAAUGCGUCUGCUGCAGUUUGUGACCGGCACGUGCCGACUUCCUGUCGGGGGAUUCGCUGACCUCAUGGGGAGCAAUGGGCCGCAAAAGUUCUGCAUUGAGAAAGUGGGGAAAGAAAACUGGCUGCCGAGGAGCCACACAUGCUUUAACCGCCUGGAUCUGCCGCCCUAUAAAAGCUACGAGCAGCUAAAGGAGAAGCUGCUGUUCGCCAUCGAGGAGACGGAAGGCUUCGGUCAGGAGUGAUGCAUGCUUUCACCGUCACGUCAAACAGACGCUCUAGACCCGUUAGCUUAGUUUUUCUCACCGUGGAUGCGCAGCACUGCAGCGGCUCGCUCUAUGCACACUGCGUGACCCUCGUGUUAACCUCUUCAUGACUGCCGCCCGUCUCUACCGUAGUGAUGCACACGCAACAGACUUCUCCUCUAGAACUUGAAGCUCCAUUAAGUUUGCAUGGUGUGCGUCUGAAUGAGUCUCAGGCGAACCGAGGAGCGCGUUUUUUUUAUUAGCGUCGCGCAAACAUGGGUUGCACUUUAUUAGUGAUGAACACGCAGCAGGUCAUAUUUCACCUCGAGAUCCAGACAUUUAGGGAUAUUAUUUUGCAUGAAGGAAAUAAAAAAAACGAAGCACAUUUCGCAAGAAAAUCUCAUGCACAUCGCUUAAAAAGGUGCAAAAAACGCGAUUUCUUUUGAUGUGGGGUGAGCUGUGAGCUAGAAAUGCUUAGUGAGUGUAGAUGUAUGCACGUGUGAUCGGAGAAACAAAGCAAUAGCCCGAAAAAGCCAUCUGAUGUCACUCAAAUACUCGCUUUCUCAUCAGUCUCCAGUUUUCACGAAUCACCUGACUGACGCUGUUCGAGUACGAUCGAGGAAUCUCGAUCCUUUUAUACCUUUUAAUGUGAAAAAAAACGAAAGAAAAUGCUUUAUUUGGGGGGGAAAAAAAACACCGUUCGAGACGUUUGUUGUCGCGCUGAAGGUUUAGCACCGAAAUUCUGCUCAUUUUAAAGAUUCUGCUUCCUAUUCGGACGCCCGACUCGAAACCAGGGCUGUAAAUAAUACCGGGGGAUGAACAAUAACGAGUAAAGGGAAGGGAGGCGAAGGAUGCUCCAUCGGGAACGCUUUAACGGAGGGGUUUUAGAUUGGUUUUCCUCAGUUUCCAUCGGGUUGGCGUUUUCUUUACGAUGUCUCGCUACAGGGCACUUUAUUUUAGGUCAACGUUUUCUAACGAGCAGAUCGUUUCUAUUUAAAGGUCAGAGAUGGAAAGUGUCCCGUCUGAUGUCGUCACGUCUCGCAGCGUUUUGUAGCUCUGACCGCGUCGAGGCCGGGGCGAGCGGCGCACCUCUUUAUUUUCUUAACACUGUAAAUCAUGUAACAAUUAGUCUGUGAUAACAUGAGCAUCAGUUAGGCCGGGUUUAAUGAUUUGAAUUGUAUUUAUUUUUCUUAAGUGAAUGUGUACAGUUGGACGAUUAAUAUAAAAAUACCAAUUUAUUCUCAGCUGAGGAAAUAAAAUAAAAUUCAUUAAAAAAAAAAA